UGUUCUAAUAGGAAUUUCCGCCGUUACGUCAUAAAUUAGUCACGUGAACGCUUGGUUGGCUAAAGAUUUGAAAAUUUAAAUGGCCGCAAACUAAGCAAACAGAGAAGACGUUUUUGUCAUGGUUGUAUCGUGUUGCGUAAUCGGAUGUGUCAAUAGGUUUAAUAAAAGUGACCCAAGGAGCUUUUAUCGUAUUCCUAAAAAUCCUGAAAUGAGAAGACGGCUUUGGAUAGAUGCUAUUCGACGUCAAGAUACCGGCAAGCAUUGGGAACCAGCGGACCUCGACCGUGUUUGCCACCUUCAUUUCGUAACCGGCAAAAAGAGCAAUGAUCAGUCAUCCCCUGAAUAUGUUUCAUCGGUUCAUAUGGGUUAAAUUAAAGGUAACCAGAUUAACCCAGAACAGCGGAAAGCGAAACACUUUAGAGCUGAGAAGCGUGAAUCAGAAAGAGGGUAUCAUGAAGUAGCCUCAGCACUUUUGGAUUUAUCCUCCCUAGAGAACAUCAGUCAACCAGAUUUAGACUCAAACCUACCAGAUCCAUCCUCUCUACACGACGAUUGCUUAAAGAAGAUAGCAGGGCUCCAAGUAGAAAACAGACAGCUGUAUUCGGAAUUGGAGAGACCUCAGUCAGAGAACAAGGUUCUUUAAGGUCGAUUGGGAAAGAUGUGCUUCGAUGAACAAGUAACAGAUAGUGACCGUAGACUGCAGUUUCACACUGGAAUUCCAUCUAUUGUUUUGUUUAAGCUAGAGUAUAUAAUUGUUGACAAAGUUUAAAUUAAAACUGUCAGGAGAAACAGACUGAGAAGAGAUUUAUUGCAUCCAUGUAUAUGGCAAACAAUUCACAGUUUAAAAAAAAAUUGUUGAUGCUUUCUUCUUAUAGGGAAUAACUGAUAAUUUUUGGAAGGGGAAACUGCUUAAUAUUGAUUUUAUUUAUGCCUUAAAAAUUAAUGUUUUAGCCGUAGGUACAACCAUAUAGAAAUGCAUAUUAUACACAGUAUUUUUAUAAAAAUAUUCUCUAUUCGAGGGUUUUCUUCUAAUUGUUUACUUCGGUGGACCCUUAACAGUGUUGUUUUAUCAAGUAACCGUUUAAAAGGCCCUUGGGCCCCUUGUAUAUUUCUUUUAAAGAUGUUUUACCAAAUUCAAAAUGUUAUUAAAAGCCAUGCAUAGUUUAAUGCAUUGAUUCUGUGAAACAGUGUAAACUUCUUAUCGUUUGGAUGAAAAACUUAACGUUUCUGAUAUUCAGUUACUUUAAAAACACAAUUUUCGAAGCCUCUUAUUUCUCCAUCGUAAUCUUUAUUUUCCCCACUCUCCAUUGUCCAUGUAUGUAUAAUGCCCUUCCCCACUAAAUCGUUUGGUUAGUAUUAUGGUGCAGUUUUCCUUAACGUUAUUAAUUUCGUCAGAUUUUGUUGUAAUUUUGUAAUGUCAUAAACCUUUCCUUUCGAUGAAAACUGUAAGAGUUUUUUGAAGUUUUUGUCUUUAUUGAACACUUUUUAGUAGAUAUUUAUUUUUUUAUGCUAUCCAUUUUCUCUUUUUUGGUUUUCAAUUUAUCAAGCUC